GCACCCAGAACAGCUUCCGGGUCAGGGGGAAGGAGCCACCAUGGAGCCUCGCGGGUUGGCGGGGCUGACGGAGCCGCGGGCCGGCGUCUGAAUCGAGAGAGGGGCAGCGCCGCCAGCGCCCUCGGGACACGCAGGCGGGUCCCGCGGCCGCCGCCAUGUCGGUACUGGGCGAGUAUGAGCGACACUGCGAUUCCAUCAACUCGGACUUUGGGAGCGAGUCCGGCGGUGGCGGGGACGCGGGCCCGGGCCCCAGCGCCGGAGCGGGGUCGCGAGCCGGCGGCGGCGCGGCGGAGCAGGAGGAACUGCACUACAUCCCCAUCCGCGUCCUGGGCCGCGGCGCCUUCGGGGAGGCCACGCUGUACCGCCGCACCGAGGAUGACUCAUUGGUUGUGUGGAAGGAAGUUGAUUUGACCCGACUGUCUGAGAAGGAACGUCGUGAUGCCUUGAAUGAGAUUGUUAUUCUGGCACUGCUGCAGCAUGACAACAUUAUUGCCUACUACAAUCACUUCAUGGACAACACCACCCUGUUGAUUGAGCUGGAGUAUUGUAAUGGAGGGAACCUGUAUGACAAAAUCCUUCGUCAGAAGGACAAGUUGUUUGAGGAAGAGAUGGUGGUGUGGUACCUAUUUCAAAUUGUUUCAGCAGUGAGUUGUAUCCAUAAAGCUGGAAUCCUUCACAGAGAUAUAAAGACAUUAAAUAUUUUUCUGACCAAGGCAAACUUGAUAAAACUUGGAGAUUAUGGCCUAGCAAAGAAACUUAAUUCUGAGUAUUCCAUGGCUGAGACGCUUGUGGGAACUCCAUAUUACAUGUCUCCAGAGCUCUGCCAAGGAGUUAAAUACAAUUUCAAAUCUGAUAUCUGGGCAGUAGGCUGCGUCAUUUUUGAACUGCUUACGCUAAAGAGAACAUUUGAUGCUACAAACCCACUGAACUUGUGUGUGAAAAUUGUACAAGGAAUCCGGGCCAUGGAAGUUGAUUCUAGCCAGUACUCUUUGGAACUGAUCCAAAUGGUCCAUGCAUGCCUUGACCAGGAUCCUGAGCAGAGACCCACUGCAGAUGAACUUUUGGAUCGUCCGCUUCUCAGGAAACGCAGGAGAGAGAUGGAGGAAAAAGUCAAGCUGCUUAAUGCACCUACAAAGAGACCAAGGUCAAGCACUGUGACUGAAGCACCCAUUGCUGUGGUAACAUCGCGAACCAGUGAAGUCUAUGUCUGGGGUGGUGGAAAAUCCACUCCCCAGAAACUGGAUGUCAUCAAGAGUGGCUGUAGUGCCCGGCAGGUGUGUGCAGGGAAUACCCACUUUGCUGUGGUCACAGUGGAGAAGGAACUCUACACCUGGGUGAACAUGCAAGGGGGUACAAAACUCCAUGGUCAACUGGGCCACGGAGACAAAGCCUCCUACCGACAGCCAAAGCAUGUGGAAAAGUUGCAAGGCAAAGCUAUCCAUCAGGUGUCUUGUGGCGAUGAUUUCACUGUAUGUGUGACAGAUGAGGGUCAGCUCUAUGCCUUUGGGUCUGAUUAUUAUGGCUGCAUGGGGGUAGAUAAGGUUGCUGGCCCUGAAGUACUGGAACCCAUGCAGCUGAACUUCUUCCUGAACAACCCUGUGGAGCAGGUUUCCUGUGGAGAUAAUCAUGUGGUGGUUUUGACACGAAACAAAGAAGUCUAUUCCUGGGGCUGUGGCGAAUAUGGACGACUGGGUCUGGAUUCAGAAGAGGAUUAUUAUACACCUCAAAAGGUGGAUGUUCCCAAGGCCUUGAUUAUUGUUGCAGUUCAGUGUGGCUGUGAUGGGACAUUUCUGCUGACCCAGUCAGGCAAAGUGCUGGCCUGUGGACUUAAUGAGUUCAACAAACUAGGUUUGAAUCAGUGUAUGUCUGGAAUUAUCAACCAUGAAGCAUACCAUGAAGUUCCCUACACAACCUCCUUUACCUUGGCCAAACAGUUGUCCUUUUAUAAGAUCCGUACAAUUUCCCCAGGCAAGACUCACACAGCUGCUAUUGAUGAGCGAGGCCGGCUGCUGACCUUUGGCUGCAACAAGUGUGGACAGCUGGGUGUUGGGAAUUACAAGAAGCGUCUAGGAAUCAACCUUUUGGGGGGACCUUUAGGUGGGAAGCAAGUGAUCAGAGUCUCCUGUGGUGAUGAGUUCACCAUUGCUGCCACUGAUGAUAAUCACAUUUUUGCCUGGGGCAAUGGUGGUAAUGGUCGCCUGGCAAUGACCCCCACAGAGAGACCACAUGGCUCUGAUAUCUGCACCUCAUGGCCUCGGCCAAUUUUUGGAUCUCUGCAUCACGUCCCAGAUCUAUCUUGCCGUGGCUGGCAUACCAUUCUCAUUGUUGAGAAAGUAUUGAAUUCUAAGACCAUCCGCUCCAAUAGCAGUGGCUUAUCCAUUGGAACUGUGGUUCAGAGCUCUAGCCCAGGAGGUGGCGGCGGCAGUGGUGGGGGAGAAGAGGAGGACAGUCGGCAGGAAUCUGAAACUCCGGAUCCAAGUGGAGGCUUCCGAGGAACAAUGGAAGCAGACCGAGGAAUGGAAGGUUUAGUCAGUCCCACGGAGGCCAUGGGGAUCAGUAGUGGGGCCAGCAGCUCCUGUCCUGGCUGGCUUCGAAAGGAGUUGGAAAAUGCAGAAUUCAUCCCCAUGCCUGACAGCCCAUCUCCCCUAAGUGCAGCGUUUUCAGAAUCUGAGAAAGAUACCCUGCCCUAUGAAGAGCUACAAGAACUCAAAGUGGCCUCUGAAGCUCCUUCAGAACAUAAGCCCCCAGUAGGAGCCUGGCCACGUCGGCUGAAUCCUGCAGAAACAUGUGCUGAGAAGGGAACACCAUUGACUCCCCCCACCUGUACGUGCAGCACUCUACAGGUUGAGGUUGAGAGAUUACAGGGUCUGGUGUUAAAGUGUCUGGCUGAACAACAGAAGCUACAGCAAGAAAACCUCCAGAUUUUUACCCAACUACAGAAGCUGAACAAGAAAUUAGAAGGAGGGCAGCAGGUGGGGAUGCAUUCCAAAGGAACUCAAACAGCAAAGGAAGAGAUGGAAAUGGAUCCAAAGCCUGACUUAGAUUCAGAUUCUUGGUGCCUCCUGGGAACAGACUCCUGUCGACCCAGCCUCUAGUCUCCUGAGCCUGUAUAGCCUCCAGGAAACGGGGAUUCAAAGGACUUCACGGCACACUUACGAAUGCAGAGCGCGCUUUCCUGGCUUUGUUCACUUGCAGACAAGGAGUGCGAGGCGGAGGCUCUGAAGCACUUUCCAUAUACACUUGGAGAGUGGCACUGCCUGUUAGAUAGGAUCUAGGAGUGGUUUUGUUUUGGGGAAUGGAAGGGCCCCAUGGCCCUGGCUUUGUCCUCAGUGACUGCCAUAACAGCAGCAGCUCUGUACCUCAUCUGGUGAUCCCACCUUUGAAGAGGAGACACAAUGCUCACCUUAAUUUUGCUGGUAGCAGCUUAUGUCCCAUUUAUCAUUUUCACCAUUAGUUGGAAGCUGCCUUGGGAUUUCAACACCAGGCAUUGCACCACUGGGUGGAGGAGGGCAAAGUGUAAAGCUGGAGUGGGCUGUAACCAGGUGUGGCCUAUCCAGGGUCAUCUAGAGAGUGGUGAAGUGUUCUGAGCCCUUUCAGGAACCCUGAGUCCAGGGAAAUACGUCUGGUGGAGUCAAUCUAGGGCUGUUUUCAGAAAGUUCAGUUACUUCGUGCAGCUAAGUGCUUUAGGAGGAAAAGUGGGCUUAGAUUGCUUUUCCCCUGAGGAUUAAUUGAUAUUUCUUCAGUGAGGAGUAGGGAAAGAAGGGCAGGUCCCUCCUCAUCCCACAGCUGGAGCUUCAGGCUGUGGCUGACGCAGGGUGGGGUUUCCUAGCUUUGGAAGAUACCUCUAAGAGAUAAAGUGUCUUACGGAGAAUUGGGUCAGUGGGCAAGAGAAACAGCCUUAAGAGAAAACCGUGAGGGACAGAGGUCCUUCUUUAGUUGCCUCUACUUAGCAUCUUCAAGAGGACCUAGGUGGACUCAAGUCUUAUACCCAUGAGCAGGCUUCCUGUGCCUCUGCCUUCAUGGCUCUUAGCGGUCUAAUCUUGACAUCAGCAGCCCCAUCUGCUCCCUUUCUGUAUGUCUAUCAGUAUUUUUCCCCUUUUGGUGUUUUAUGAAGCCAUAUGAGUGAAUCGGUAUCAUCUUUCCUACUUGAGUGGCCCAAAGCCAGCACCAAACCUGGUAGUCCCUGUAGCCUAACAGAACAGGUAGAACCUGCCAAGUGAAAGGAAUUUGGCUGUGAGCUCCCUUCUAACCCCGUAGUCAUUGUGUCCUUAUGUCCUUGAAGACAGGAGCAAGCUAGCUUUCCCAAAGAGGGGAAGCAUCCUAGAAGGUUUUACAUAAGGAUGUGAGCUCUGUGUUUUACCUAGCCUUACAAAAUGUUCCUUUAGUGUUUUGGGUCUCCCUUGAUUCGUCUCACAUCCUACCUCCCUAGAAACAGCUAAAAUUAAUUUUUUUUCAUUUUCCCCAAACCAAAAAAAAAAAAAAAGAAUGUUUGGUAUCUGCUUAGUAUUUUGGAAGGACUUGUGUAAUGGAAAUUUUGCCAUUUCCCUAAAACCGGUAGUGUAAAGGGUGAAGCUUGGGGAAAACCCGAUGGUUGGGGAUGGGCAACUCUGUUCAAUGGGAUCAUCUUUGGUUUGAUAUUCCCAUUGUUUUCUCAAUUCUGGGAAGCCUAGUACAAUGGUACUAAUGUAAUCACCAAAGCCUUUUCUUAAAAUAAGGGAAGGGGCCAACCCUGGAUUAAAGUUACAAGUUCUGGGGACUUGGGGGUUUGCUGUAAACCCUAACAAUGGGUUUUAGCUCACCAUGUAAAUGCAACUUUGAUUUUUUUAAAGACUGACUGGCCUUUCAUGUUCCUGUAUCCCUCAUACUCUCUAUCUCAGCAGGCCUGAGAGGCAGGGUCAGUUUGGGUGUUAAUCAUGAGUAUUGCUUCUGCUAUGAAACCAAGGAAUAUGGGCAUGUUGCUGAGACUGGGAUGAAAAUAAGCAUCAAAGGGAGGGUAAGAGCCUGUUCUUGUUCCGGAGGGAAGUCAUUCUCUAGCAGUGGAACACUGUGGUCAUUUUCUCUAGCAUGUUCCCUUGGGAAGUUUAGGUUUGCUAUUAAUCUGGCUGGGAAUCUUAAGUUCUGUGCCUUAGAGACAAUUUGCACUUUCCCAAAUUGUGCCUGGGACAGCCAUAUGAUUUUUCCCACCAAACAACUAUGCAAACAGAAACCAGUUCAAAGGUGGAGGCCAUGCAUUAGAUAAAAAGUGGAAUGCCUUCGAAUGGUUUUCUGUAGCUAAUUCUUUUAAAUUUUGUCAUACUUUUCUUCUUUAUUCAGUGCUAGGUGUUUAAAAUUUUCCAGUAGUAUUGCUUUUGAGUUAUAGCAUAACCUGAGUUACUCCUCUGCUCUGACAUUGUUUGCUAAAGAACUAGCUUAUUGUUAGCCAGAUUUUGAAAGGUUGAGGGUGGAGUGGUUUGGCAUUUCUGUUCCAAAUAAACAUUUAAACUCUCAAUCAGUGCUGUGCCUCAGUAAGCCUGCACACGGACCUUAGGCAUGGGGAUGAAACACCCAGAUUUUAGGCCUUCAUGAAUCUUUGAGUCAGUGAGUCUUUAUAUAAAUAAAAGGUCUUGUAACAAAACACAAGGGACAUUGCACAUAAAUAACCUUUGCCUCUUUCCACUCUUUUUCUUGCUUACAGAAUCAUUUCUGCUGCUACAACUUUUCUCCUCCAAGACUUAAAAAAUACAGUGCUUAAAAUGCAGAGGGGCGGGGAUUGGGGGGGAGCCAUUUAGAGAAAAGAUCACAUCUUGUACUCCUCAGUCACAGUGGACUUUUUCAAGUGAUAAUGCCAGUUUAUGUUUAUUAAAGUUUUCCCGUCAAGAGGUUGAACUGUUGUGGUUUCCCUGGCAUAGCACAGCCAAGUUAUAACUUCUCGUGGCUGAGCAUUUCACUAAAGUUAAAGCAAAAGCAGCCUUAAACUCACAUUUCAUUUGGUUUGCCAUAUAUUUGGAAACCCUUGUAAUAGAACAACUCUGGAGCAAGGAUGUAUUAUAAAUAAAUAAUUUUCAAAUGAGAA